AUGCUUGACCUCCCAUCUGACUAUGCGUACAACAAGGCGGUGAUAGCUCGCUGCUUCAGCGAGUUCUCUUUGGAGGACGACGUUAAAGAUUGUAUCGCGGCAUUGCAGGACGACAGAUCGCUCAUGGAGGACUAUCAUGCCGCUGGAAACACGAAAUGCCAGUGGCACCAGCCCUGCGAGGAGUAUGUCGUCAUCGGACCGUGA